UCUGCGGGUAUGAUUCCCAUGUUCUUGUCUUCCCCAACAUGCUGGCUCGCUGCAAAAAAAAAAUGAUCUUUGUGUUUCCCUUUAUAGAUUGAUGCUCUUCAAUUCCUUAACGAGUUAACUUGAUUCUUCACUUACCGCUUCGCGAGAUGGAUUGAGAGAUUGGAAGGUUACUCCUCCCCAAACCCCAAGAAAGAAGCUGGGUAUUCGUGUGGAGAGAAUAUCGAAUUGUAUGGAUAUCCUGAAUUUGACAUUUUGAGUAUUGGAAGUCAAAACCUCUCUUCUCAUGUUCCUCAUGUGCAAUAGUGGGCCAGUUUAUCUUCUCUCCUUUGAUGCGCAAUUCACAAUUUGAUACCUCAAGAAGGGGAAUCUUUCAGUGAAAUUGAGUUCGAUGGAGGCUCCGAUGAGGCAGCAGAGCUUUGGCAGGAAGAAGAUGGUGAAGCAAUUGACCGGGAAAAAAGAGGACACCCCUUUGCAUUCAGCUGCAAGAGCAGGGGACUUGAAAGCGGCUUUGGGGAUACUCACUAGUACAGGAGAUGGAGAGUUGAAGGAGUUUUUAUCCAAGCAGAAUCAAUCCGGUGAAACUGCCUUUUAUGUUGCUGCUGAAUAUGGUUAUACUGAUUUGGUGAAGGAGAUGCUGAAGUAUUAUGAUGUUUCAUCUGCUGGCAUCAAAGCUAAAAAUGGGUAUGAUGCCUUCCAUAUUGCUGCUAAGCAAGGAAACUUGGAGAUAUUGAAGAUACUCAUGGAGUGCAGUCCUGAUCUUUCUAUGACAUUUGAUCAAAGCUACACCACACCUUUGCAUACUGCUGCAGCACAAGGCCACAUUGAAAUAGUUAAUUUUUUGUUGGAAGAACAAAACAGCCUGGCUACCAUAACCAGAAACAACCUUAAGACUGCCUUGCAUUCUUCUGCAAGAAAUGGACGUUUGGAGGUUGUGAAGGCCCUCUUGAGAAAAGAACCAGGAAUUGCACUGAAGAUUGAUAAGAAGGGGCAGACGGCUCUGCACAUGGCAGCUAAGGGGCAGAGUGUUGAGGUGGUUGAUGAGCUCAUUCAGUUAAAUGCUGCUUUGAUAAAAAUGGCUGACAACAAGGGCAAUUCUCCACUGCACAUUGCCACUCGAAAGGGUCGUUCACAGAUUGUUCAGGCACUACUAAAUCAUGAGGAAAUCGAUAAAGACGCUAUUAACAAAUCAGGAGAAACUGCUCUUGACACUGCUGAGAAAUCAGGGCAUUCAAAUAUAGCAAUUCUCCUACAAGAGCAUGGAGUUCAGAGUGCAAAAUCCAUAGGGUCAAAGCCUAAAGCAAGUUCAGCCAAGGAAUUAAAACAAACCGUAAGUGACAUAAAACAUGAGGUGCACAACCAGCUUGAGCAAGCAUGCCAAACGCGAAAGCGUGUACGGGGUAUAGCUAAGAGGAUCAACAAAAUGCAUGAGGAAGGGCUCAAUAAUGCUAUCAGCUCCACCACAAUUGUUGCCGUUCUUAUUGCAACUGUUGCCUUUGCUGCCAUUUUUACUGUCCCUGGCCAGUAUGUUGAUCCCAAAAAUAUUGGUCCUAGAAAAUCUCUAGGAGAAGCAAAUAUUGCUCCCAACACAGCAUUCACAGUAUUCAUCAUAUUUGACUCACUUGCUCUCUUCAUAUCUUUGGCUGUUGUGGUUGUUCAGACAUCAGUUGUAGCUGUAGAAAGGAACGCUAAGAAGCAAAUGAUGGCUGUUAUUAACAAGCUAAUGUGGUUGGCUUGUGUGCUCGUGUCAGUGGCUUUCCUUGCCAUGUCCUUCAUUGUUGUCGGGGAUUCCGGGAGGUGGUUGGCAUUUGGAGUCGCAGUAAUAGGUACAAUUAUCAUGACAGCCACAUUGGGGACAAUGUCUUAUUGGGUGAUUAGGCACCGAAUCGAGUCAUCCAAUUUGAGAAGUAACCGCAGGUCAGCAAGGCGUAGCAACUCACAGUCAUGGUCUGUGUCGGUGGUAUCAGAUUCAGAGUUUUCAAACAAUGAGUGUAAGAGGGUCUAUGCACUUUGAGGUUCACUUAUAGUCCCUUUUUGAGCACUUGGUUAGCAUUUCUGACAGUCUUCUGGUUUUUCCCUCUGUGUGUGUGUAUAUAUGAUUAUAAGAUAAUCCCACACAUUCCCUUUCCUUUUAAGAAAGUAAUUGUAGUUGCCAAUCAAGUGCAAUGGCACGUAACAAGUAACAGAGAUCUGUAAUAUCUUUUUCCUUAAUUUAGCAAUUCUUUUUUCUA